GCUCUCCUCCCGCCCCUCCUCCUCUCUCCUCGCUCGCUCGCUCGCUCCUCGUCCGCCCGCUCUAGUCAAAGCGAGGAUCAGGUUCCCCGCCGGAGCAUAAAACCUUCCGCGGGGAAACCCGAAGAGACCGAGAAGCCCCAGAGCGGAGCGCGUUCGGGAGGCGAGGAAAGGUACGCGCGCGGGCGGUUCCGCCGGUGGCAACGGAGCGGCGUCGCCUGGAGAAGGUGCGGGCAGCCCACGGCGGAGAGCUGAAGCCACUUGGGACGGAGACGGGAGAUUGCCUCGCAACGGCAAAAUGCAGAAACAGCAAGAACAAUGUCAGAUGUUUACAGUUGUCCUCUUCACUUUUAUUGUCCUGCUAGCAGCUGUGAGCACUACUGAAGCUGGAAAAAAGGAAAAACCAGAGAAGAAGGUGAAGAAGUCUGAUUGUGGGGAAUGGCAGUGGAGUGUGUGCGUUCCUACUAGUGGAGAUUGCGGGUUAGGGACCCGCGAGGGAACUCGCAGUGGAGCUGAUUGCAAACAAACUAUGAAGACGCAAAGGUGUAAGAUCCCCUGCAACUGGAAGAAGCAGUUUGGAGCGGAGUGUAAAUACCAGUUCCAGGCAUGGGGAGAGUGCGACCUGAACACCGCCUUGAAGACUCGAACUGGAAACCUAAAACGAGCUUUACACAAUGCCGACUGCCAGAAAACUGUCACCAUAUCCAAGCCCUGUGGGAAGCUUACCAAACCCAAACCUCAAGAACCCAAGAAAAAGAAAAAAGAAGGCAAGAAACAAGAGAAGACACUGGAAUAGGGAGGCUGCACCGUGCUGCGUGGGAAAGGGACUUCCUCGAAUGUAAUCAGUUAACCACUUUCAUUGACACCUAGGCAAUUUAUUUAUAGUUUAAUUGUACAAUAGGAAGAAAUAAAACAUACAAAUAUACCCUCUUUCCUUUUUUAUUUUUUACACUAACAUUUUAAAGAUAUAAUCUUAACUUCAUUUGUAGAAAUCUGCAAUAAAGGGCAGUAAUGUGGUUUAGUAGAUGAUGAUGAUGACGAUGACUGUGUAUAUUGAAAAGUGUAGAUUCAUUGUGAACUUUUCCUUUCCCCCUUUAUGAGUUGAAUCUUAAAGCCUGACUUCACAAAUUAAGGCGGGACCGUAUGACCCUUGUGGACCUCCCAAAACCUACACAAUAAAGGUUCUAUGAUGUCAUAACAAGCUGUCACAGUACUGUGGGACUAGCCACUUAGUGAAAAACCAAUUGAUUUUUUUCGCUUGGGGGAGGGGAAGUGUUUUACGUUUAUAAUAGCAAGAGUGGGUCUCUAUCCCCAGAUUGUACCUGCACUGAAAUAACUAACUUGGUUGUAAUUUACACCUUUUAAUAAAACAAUUGAAGGAUCUAA